AUGCCGACGAUGGCGACGCUGCCAAGCUCUGCGCAGCUGGCGCGAGAUCGGGAGCUUGCAGUUCACGUAGCACAAAGACUGCCAGAAAGUGGCAACCAGAAAGCUUCAUGCCAAGCGAUCGUCGCCUGCGGGAGAGCCGCACAGUGGCAGGCGGCACUCCGAGAACUGUCUGGCAUCUUCGCAUCCCGCGCAGCUCAGAUUGUCUACAGCUUCAGCGCUGCAAUCACAGCCUGCGGGAAGGGCUUGAAGUGGCAGAUUGCAGUAGCUCUCUUGGCGAAGAUGGCAUCAGCUCAGACGCUGCCAAAUGUGGUCAGCUACAGUGCCGCUAUCAGCGCAUGCGAGAAAGGUGGGGAAUGGCAGGCGGCACUCCAAGUACUGUCGGGCAUUUUCGCAUCCCGCACAGCUCCCGAUGUUUACAGCUUCAGCGCUGCAAUCACGGCCUGCGAAAAGGGCUUGAAGUGGCAGAUUGCAGUAGAUCUCUUACAGCAGAUGGCAUCAGUGCAGACUCUGCCAAAUGUGGUCAGCUACAGUGCCGCUAUCAGCGCAUGCGAGAAAGGUGGGGAAUGGCAGAUGGCCUUGUCCUUGCUUUUCAGAAUGGCUGCAUCUAGACAUUUGCCAAACACCAUCAGCUUCAGUGCUGCGAUCAGUGCGUGCGAGAAGGGUGGUGAGUGGCAGAUUGCGUUGACUUUGCUGUCGCAGAUGCCGACAGCCGAAGCUGCACCAAAUGAGGUCAGCUUCAACGCAAGCAUAAGUGCUUGUGAGAAAGCUGGUCAGUGGCAGAUGGCGUUGGUGUUGCUGUCGCUGAUGCCUGCAGCCAGCGUUGUGCCAAACCACAUCAGCUUCAAUGCCACCAUCAGCGCAUCUGAGAAAGCAAGUAAAUGGCAAAUGGCACUGUUUCUCCUAUCUUUUAUGCCCGCGGCCAACGUUUUGCCAGAUAAAAUCAGCUUCAACGCCAGCAUGAGCGCUUGUGAAAAAGCUGGUGAGUGGCGGAUGGCAUUGCAUUUGCUGUCGCAAAUGCCAGCAGCUAGUGCGGCAUCGAAUGAGAUCAGUUUCAAUGCUGCCAUCAGUGCUUGUGAGAAAGGGGGUGCCUGGGAGUUGGCGUUGCUGCUGUUUUGUCAAAUGCCAACAGUGCGAUCCGUGCCGAGUGAGAUCAGCUACAGCGCCGUGAUGAGCGCUUGUGAGAAAGGUGGCGAGUGGCAGAUGGCGCUGUUCUUGCUGUCGCAGAUGCCGGAGGCCACCGUUGUGCCAAACAAGAUCACCUACAGUGCCGGCAUGAGCGCCUGUGAAAAAGCUGGCAGGUGGCAGGAGGCGCUCCUUUUGUUCACACAUCUGCAGAAAUGCGCCGUAGCACCAGAUGUGAUCAACUUCGGUGCCAGCAUCAGUGCAUGUGCAAGAGUUGCAGAGUGGCAGAUGGCAUUAGGCUUGCUUGCGUUUAUGCCUGUAGCCAGAGUCUUGCCCGGCGAGAUCAUCUACAAUGCCAGCAUAAGCGCCUGCGAGAAGGCUUGUGAGUGGAAGAUGGCCCUGCUUUUGCUUUCGCAGAUGCUCUCAGCUGGUGUUGUGCCCAGUCGGAUCAGCUUGAGUUUCCUUGUCAGUGCAUGCGAGCUUUGUGGUGAGCGCAGCACGGCAUGGACAAUCUCUGGAUGCCGAAGUAUGCAGAAUGUUCUGCAUGCAUCCAGCCUGCGGUCUUGCCGUCCUCACAAGUAUAGAGUUCAGUAA